AUGUUCCUGCUCAGCGUGGUGCUCGUCGGAUUGCUGAUCAGUACCGGGAGCAGUGAAGAUUCGCCGCUGAAUGGCCCACAGGAAGGGGUUACUGACCGACCUGCGAUGCAGUUCUGCUCUUAUGCGUCUGGUCUCAUCGAGAUGAUCUCGGACACACUUGAAUUCUACAAAACAGUCCACCCGAAAGUAUUCGGAGACGAUGAGUUACAGCCCUUCAGCACGGGGAAUACGACAUUCAAAUUCCCGUUCGCCACCAUCUACGGAGGCGAGCUCUACAACUUUCAAAAUUUUUACAUCAACGAUUCCACGACCAUUUCUUGUGAUGACGACCAGAUGAACGUCAGACUCGUAUUCGGUAUAAAGGAUCCGAUUUUGAAGUCGAAAUUCAAAACACCAAUCGGUAUCAGAGGAGACGCCGAAGUGAAUCUGUCCCUGUUCGAAGCCGAUGUCCGAGCGAUAUUACCGCGAACGACGAACCGAGUUCUUGUAGAUAGAGUCACCAUUCUGAGGAUGGAGAAUCUGCACAUUGAUGUGAGUGAAAGUCUUUCUGAAUAUUCUACCCUGAUGAAGCCGCUGAAUUCCCUGCGGCGCGGCGGAAAGACUGUGUUCGGGAUGGACACAAAAAUGGAUCUAACGAAAGUCGCGAAUCUGUUCCUAAAAAAUACGCCGAAAAAAAUGCUCUUCCCGAUAAUGGAGAGCUUUGUGAAGAGUUUCGCGCAACAGUACCUCAACCAAAAUCCGGUGCCGAUCUGA